AUGAACUUGAGUCGCAAGUUUCUCUCACUGGCAACAUUCGGCAUCGUACAACGACCCUCAGCAGCAUCCGCAGAGAACACAACCUUCAACCCUCUCGCAGGCAUCCAGCAAUUCCCCAUUUCCUCGUACGCAGGCAACAUGACCCGCCUCGCGCCUGUAGUGUCCAUCUCCCACGGCGGCGGACCCAUGCCUCUCCUGGGCGACCCCUCGCACGCCGGAAUCAUAAAGUCGCUGCAGAACAGAGUCCCCAAGAUCCUCAAGCUGGGCACGUCUGAACAGCCAAAGGCCAUUGUCCUCGUCACCGCGCACUGGUCCACAGACAAGGUCACCAUCUCGAGCGGCCCAAGACACGAGUUGCUGUACGACUACUACGGCUUCCCCGACGAGGCGUACAAGUUCACACACAACGCCCCGGGCAGCCCAGAGGUGGCGAACGAGGUGGAGAAGGCGCUGAAGGAAGCCGGCAUCGAGUGCGCAAAAGAUGCGCAGCGCGGAUGGGACCACGGCGUCUUCGUCCCCAUGAAGCUCAUCGACCCCAAGGCCCGCAUCCCCAUUGUGCAACUCAGCGUCCUCGCCUCGGAAUCUGCCUCGCAGUCCUUCGCCAUCGGCCGCGCCCUGUCCGCGCUGCGCGCCCAGAACAUCGCCAUCGUCGGCUCCGGGUUCGCUACAUUCCACAACCUGCGUCUCAUGUUCUCCGGUGCGAGCUCGACGCCCGACUUCAAGCAGAAGAACCUGGAGUGGAGCAAUGCUGUGAACGAUGCGGCUAUGACGGGGGAGGCCAAGAGCAGGGGGGCCAAGUUUGAGGGCUGGAGGAAUUGGCCUAACAGCUAUACUAUGCAUCCCAGAGGUGGGGCGGAGCAUUUCCUGCCGCUGAUUGUGUGCGCGGGAGCGGGUGGCGAGACUGUGGGGAGAAGGUACGCUGAUGACUUUCAGAGGAUGGAUAUGUGGAGCUACUAUUGGGAUGAGGAGGCACUGAGCGAGAAAUCGUAG